ACGCCAAAUUGUUUUCAAACUUUGUAUCAGUGUUGGACACAGUGUAUCCCAACGCAUUUCAUGGUGAGUGCGAGCCAUCUGCCGGCAAGAUAGGCACAGAGUCGAAGCUAGCUCUGUGCGGCUGGAGCGGGCAAGCCUACGAUGGCGUGGACUCAAGCCUGCUCCGGCCGCCGCAGCCUCACACAAGCCAAUUGGGAACUGUGUAUGCAACGAAACGGCGAAGGCGGAAUGGUAAAAGUAUCAAACCUCCAUCAAAAGACGGCGUCACAAAGAGUAACCCCAGUAAACGACACCGAGAGCGUCUCAACGCAGAGCUGGACACCCUGGCCUCCCUCUUGCCCUUCGAACAGAACAUCCUCAGCAAGCUGGACCGCCUCUCCAUCUUGCGACUGUCUGUCAGCUAUUUGCGCACCAAAAGUUACUUCCAAGUUGUCAUGCACAAGGAGAAAGAGGAUCUUCACGCACACAGACGGGAUCAUUAUGACCACAUCAUGCCAGACGGGGAGAUGUUUCUGCAGGCACUCAACGGCUUCCUUAUGAUCCUGACGUGUGAGGGUGAGGUGUUCUUUGCGACGCACAGCAUCGAGAGCUAUUUAGGAUUUCAUCAGUCAGAUAUUGUUCACCAAUCGGUGUACGAGCUGGUACAUUCUGAAGAUCGGGAAGAGCUUCAGAGGCAGCUAUUAUGGAAUUCCUUUCUUCAGCCGGAAGUAAAUAAUUUGACCCUCCAAGACGUCUUGAGGCCUGAAAGGGCUCAUCUACUUGAAAGAAGUUUUACAGUGCGGUUUAGGUGUUUACUGGACAAUACGAGUGGAUUUCUUAGGUUAGACAUCCGAGGAAGAAUAAAGGUACUGCAUGGUCAGAAUAAGAAAACGGAAGACCCGCCCUUAGCACUAUUCGCAAUAUGCGCCCCGUUCGGACCUCCAAGUUUACUUGAAAUACCACAAAAAGAAGUCAUGUUCAAGAGCAAACAUAAGUUGGAUCUCGCUUUAGUUUCAAUGGAUCAAAGAGGGAAAAUGCUUCUAGGAUACACAGAUGCGGAGCUUGCAAAUAUGGGUGGUUAUGACUUAGUACAUUACGACGACCUAGCUUACGUUGCGAGUGCGCAUCAAGAAUUAUUAAAAACAGGAGCGUCAGGCAUGAUCGCGUACAGGUUUCAGACGAAAGAUGGUCAGUGGCAAUGGCUGCAGACGUCAUCACGUCUUGUUUAUAAGAACUCGAAGCCGGAUUUUGUUAUCAGCACGCAUAGGCCUUUAAUGGAGGAGGAAGGACGUGAUCUCUUGGGCAAACGUACUAUGGACUUUAAAGUGAGCUACUUAGACACUGGUCUCACCAGUCUCUAUUUCUCUGAAACCGAACAACUCUCCAACGAGUCCACUGUAACGACGCCGCCGCGCGCCGCUCGUCGAUACAAAACCCAGCUCCGAGAUUUCCUUUCCACCUGCAGAAAUAAACGACGGGUUCCGACCACGCCGGCCCCGCCACCUGUAGACUAUCUCGCAGCCGAUGCGGUCGCGGCCUAUACGAACCUGAACGGGGCCUACACAGCCCCGUACGGGGAGUACCCGCCGGCGCCGACCCUCCACUACGCUCCUCCCUUAGACGACAGGUUCCUCUCGGCCGACAACCUCUUCCACCAAUACAAACCCCUAUCCUACCACUAUACACCUUACACUCCCAACGGUUUCCUCGAACCUCCAGGGUACGACGUGACCACGUACCGACCUCCAUCAAGGGAAUACACGUACGUGGACAGCACCGGGCGGUAUAUGAGUCCCGUGACCGGUGAGCGGCGGUCCCCCAGCGUUGUCCCGGGACCGAGUCCCGGAGGCUCCAGCGGGUCCACAGAGCAGGAGAGGAUGCAGACGGCCCCCGAGAUGCCCCGGCAGACGGUGUUGAUGUGGGGGGCCGGUGGGUCAGCUCAGGAAGUCCCGGUGGAGUACUCUCCACCCCAGGUCUGGCGUUAUCCGUCCCACUACCACACGGCUGAGGCCACGCAGUGAGCUUUGUAAUACGUGCUUGGAAUCACCAAAGAUCGUGUCGCGUUUUGAGUUCUUCCACAUUGAUGUAGUCCUGGUAUGAGUUGCUUGAACAAAAUUAUUUUAAAUGGCGGAUACGACUACGGACUAGAGCCUCACAAUUAUAAAUCCUAUAAUAUAAGGGUUUGUGCAAUAUUUAACGAGUUGUCAAAGGCAAUUGAAGUGAAUCAUGAAAUAUUAAAAAAAAAAAUGUCGUCGUCGACUACCUUUUUAGUUGAGCAGUGUUGGUCUAGUGGCUUGAGGGUGCGACUCCCAUCCCUGAGGUCGUAGGUUCCAUCCCCGGUUGUGCUUGAUGUUGUACGUCAGCAGUAACUUUACUUUUUUUAAACAUUGUCUAUGCGUGAAAACGAAAUGCGUCGAUUCCAAAAAAUUUAUAUGUUUAUGAACUAUUGUUUUUGAGAGAUUUGCUUACUUUUGCUGACAAGAGGAGGGGGGGGGAUAAACUUGAACGACCCCAGAUUAAUUUAAACAUUAAAAAGCAAUAGUUAGUCAUUGUUUAAAAGUUCAUUAUAAACUCUCGUUUAUUAUAAACUUGAACUAGUUCUUCGAGUUAUAGUUAAUAAGGUGAAAUAAUACUGAAAUAUGGUUUUUCUAUACGAUUUAAAAUAAUCACAUUAUUGUGCAAGUAACUCAUAUCGGGAGUAAAUGUAAGAUUGGGGUUUGUUACCAUGUCGUGAUGUGCCUGUGUAUAUAUCGUUUUAAUGAAAUUAAUAGAAAUCUAUCAAUUUCAUUAAAAAUACCGACAAAAACAGGGUCCUCCC